AUGUCGUCCCCCGUGGAGGAACGCAAAACCUUCAUAUCACAGGACAAACAGAAAGGCGCAGAUGUCUCACCGACCUCCGACGAUGGAACCUAUGUGACCGAGCCGGACCGCGACCAGCGCGGAGGUGGUCUCCGCGUCGACACCUCGCAUGCCCCCGGGGAGGACGAGCCCUCCAUGCGCACUCCAUCCGCGCGACGGGAGCAGGCCACUCGUCUCGAGGAUGAUUUGUUGCUGCUGCAAGCCGAGCGCAUGACCACUCGCUCCACUCAUGAGCCCGAGGACGAACACGACCGCAAUUCCAUCAACCGCGCCCGGUCGCGUCGGUCGGAGCAGGUCGACGAGUUUGACGAGGCCACCAAUCCGCUACACGAGAAAGCUGCCAUCUACAAGCCCCCUGAGAAGCCCAAUACUCAGAUCGCGGUGUUCGUGAAGAAGCUGCACCAGUCCAGCUUUCUCGUGCGUUACAUCACCUAUAUCUCCCCGGUGGUCCUCCUUCUUUUGAUCCCGUUGCUGGUCGGUGCUCUGGAGUACCCCAACGCCAGCGUCGGGGGCGUGAAAUUGAUGUGGUUUUCGAUCUGGCUCGAGAUUGUCUGGUUGACGCUCUGGGCGGGACGGCUGGUGAGCAAGUGUCUACCUCCGGUCAUUGGUGUUCUGGCCAGCAUUUUCACAAACAACGCCAAGAAAUGGCGCGACCUGGCCAAGCAGCUCGAGAUUCAUGCGGCGCUCUUCUUUUGGUGGCUCGGAGUCGAGAUCUCCUUCUUGCCUACCAUGAAGAACCACCAUGUGGACGGUGACAAAGGCACCCGAGGCUGGGAGAACACCCUGAACAAGAUCAUCAUCGUUAUCUUUGUCUGGACCAUUCUCAACUUCGUCGAAAAGAUUCUCAUCCAGUUGAUCGCCAUCAGUUUCCACCUGCGCACCUAUGCCGACCGUAUCGAAAUCAACAAAUUCCAGAUUGGCAGUUUGACCAAACUUUACGAAUUCUCGCGCACCACGUUGGAGGACAAGGAUGACACAUUUGAGGAAAAGGACACCAAGGAGACCCCGACGGGGACCAAGACGCCCUUGCAUUACGCGGGCAUAGCCCAGCGGAAGGCUAAGGGGGCCCUGAACAAGGUCGGAAACCGCGUUGGCGACGUCGCCGGCGCGGUGGUGGCCGAUGUCACAGGUCGCACCACUACACGCAGCACUGAUGCCUACCAGGUCAUUUUGACUCUUCUGCGCACCACCGGCGGCUGCCAGGUUUUGGCACGCCGUUUGUACCGAACCUUCGUGCGUGAUGGCUUCGACACAGUCUUUGGAGGAGACCUGAAAGCCGCAUUCGAGGACAGCGAGGAGGCCGAAGCUGCCUUCACCAUGUUCGAUCGUGAUAUGAACGGUGAUAUUUCCAUGGAAGAACUCGAGGCGGUCUGUGUCGAUAUCGGCCGUGAGCGCAAGUCUAUCACCGCGUCUCUGAAGGAUCUGGAUUCGGUCGUCUCCAAGCUGGAUGACGUCUUCAUGUUCUUUGUGUUCGUUAUUGUGUUGAUCGUCUUCCUGUCACUUAUCUCCACCUCCGCCGCUGGUGUCCUCACCUCUGCCGGUUCUGCCAUCCUGGCGCUGUCUUGGUUGUUCUCCGCUACUGCCCAGGAAUUCCUUCAGUCGGUCAUCUUCGUGUUUGUGAAGCACCCCUUCGACGUUGGUGACCGUGUCACUAUUUACGGUAACGCCGGCGACUCCGGUCUCGGCGAUGAUUACUUUGUCAAGGAGAUCACCUUGUUGUACACCGAGUUCAAGAAGAUGCAGGGUCAUGUGGUACAGGCCCCCAACAGUUAUCUGAACGGACUUUUCAUCCUGAACCAGCGUCGCUCUGGUGCCCUGGCCGAGGCAGUGCCUAUCAUCAUUAAGUAUGGUACCACGAUCGACCAACUUGAUGCCCUUCGUCAGCGACUCCUGGAGUUUGUCCGCAGCGAAAAGCGCGACUUCCAGAGCAACAUUCUGACCGAGAUGCGUGCUGUCACCGAAAACUUCUCGCUGACCCUCAACGUGGUGUUCUUCUACAAGUCCAACUGGCAGAACGAGGGUCUCCGUCUCCAGCGCCGCAACAAGUUCAUCUGCAUGCUUAUGGUUGCCCUUCAAGAGAUCGGCAUCGAGGGCCCACGCAUGAACCUCCAGGGUGCCAAGUUCGACAUCCCCUUCCAUGUCAACUAUGGCAACGAGCGAACUGGCCGCGGUGGCCGCGGGGAACCCAUCGAGGCGGAAGAGAUUCCCCUGUCGGAGGAUUCCCACCAUUUGCCCGAGAACACCGCCACCAGCAGCAGCAGCAGCAGCGGCGCCGUUCGUCACCCCUCCAUUCUCCGCAAGGGUAUGAACACUGCAACCGCACGGGCCCGUGGUCCGUCCAUCUCCCAGCGCAAGCAUGUCGAUUUCUCCUUGGGUAUGUCCAACAUGGCCUCUAACGAUGUCAUGGGAGAUGUCUUCGAAGAUCGCGGUGUUCGCAUCAAUGACGUUGUCCGAUCCGCCAAUCGUGACGCCGCGGAGCGUCGCAUCCAGGAAGAAACCGAAGAGGAAGAAGAGCGCCGGAGUCGGACCUCAUCGUCUCGGCACCGUCGUCCCUCCAACCUGAGUGCCCCUAGCAAUAAAGACGAAGGUCGCCGGUCGACCGACGCCCACAGCUUCCGCAGCGGCCAAUCCUCCCUCAGUCGCAACCGAUUCUUCCAUCACCGGAGCAGCGUUACCCAUGAUCGGGAUGACCUUAUGGAACAGGGACGCUCCGCCUCGCCCACUGAGCCCCCUCCAGCUGCCGCUCCCGCCUUCAAGGAGCACCCAAAUUGA